GCAAACUAAGGGAAGAUCGUAAGCUGGCUCUUGAGCGGCAGCUGGGAUGGCAAGACGCUGCGUCCGAAGCCCACUCUUUCCGGGUCGACAACCUGGUGAAGUCCAAGAUCAAGAAGAUGGAGAGGCGUUCACAGGUCCCAAGAGACAUGACCGGUAGAACGCCAAGACCCGCCGACAGAGCGGGCCUAGGACCACCGCCACCGCCUCCCCAACAGCUUCAACAGGCUCAACAACUUCAUCAACUCCAGCAACUCCAACAGCUCCAGCACCUUCACCAACUGCAGCAGCAACAGUUGCAGCAGCAGCAACUUCAACAGCAGCAACAGCAUCCGCAGCGCGGAGGCUCGGGUCAGUCCGGCUGUUCGUCGGUAGCGGCCUCAAGCAGCUGCUACUUGGCCACCACACCUGUUGUGCCUAGACACCGGGAACGACCUAUGCCGAUGCAAACCGAGAAGCUUCUAGACGGGCUGUCCUCCAGCAAAGCGGAGGCGAUUGAGUUUGAGGACUGCUCUGAGUUUCUACAACCCGUCGACGAGGCACCCCCGGCUCCCGUUGUCCGUGCCAGGGACAACCUGAAGACGCGACUGUACCCGGCUUCCAACGCCCCUUUCUUCACCUAUACCAAAGUGGAGUGGAGACUGAGAAUCCGGAAAGAGGUAUUUCAACCGGGAGAAAGGCUCCAGGAACCGCAGGCCCUCCACAUGGUCUUCUGUCAGGUGGUGACAGACGUCUUCGCAGCAGCGUGCAUCAGGCUACGAGAUGACGAAGCUGCUAGGCUACGUUCCCUAUGCGAUUCGCUGGGUGUGAGCCCUUCUCCCGAGGCCUUCACGAGAACGGGUCUCCAGACACAAAGGAGUCUCGUAGAAGCUGCGCGGGAACUCCCUCUCUACUUCAGCCGCAUGUUCCCGGCGUCGGGCGGUCGGCAGUUACCCGACGUCCACCUCGUGGCCGUUGCUCACAGCGGGGUCCGCCUUGUCCGGAGGGACCCUCCGGGCCAGCUACAGGUUCUCGACACCGUAAGGUUCGAAGACAUCGCCGACGUGAGCGCGUCCCGCCCGUGCACGCUGCAGCUCCUGCUCCGGCAUGGCGGCUGGAUGACCAUCUACUCCCCUAAGGCGGCCCACAUCCAAGCUCUGGUGCGUCGAUUCGUUCUCGAGGGGACUCAGGAGGUUCCGGAGUAUGUCCGGGCGGUGGCCGACUACGUGACCACCGAGUCGACCCUGCUGAGCUUCCGCGAAGGGGAGAUCAUCCGGCUACUCAGGCAGCGAUGCAUGGGCCUGGACAAAGGUUGGCUGUACGGCGUCACCGACACCGGAGACAGCGGUCUGUUCCCCUGCGAGUACGUGGUGCCGCUGUCCAGCCGUCAGCCCAGCGUAGCGGCCCACACACCGGCGGCGAAUGGUCGCACCAGCGUCGUGGACAGUGGCCGGGACAUGCGCUCGCCGUCGGAGCACGCGUCGCUGCUGGCUUCGGCUCAUAACGGCACAGCCUGGAUCGAGGCGAAGGAGCAUCCGGACGGACUUGAGGAGGAAGUCAUCGAGAUUCCCAAUGGCAUGGAGAUGCAGAUGGCAGACGGCAAGCACAGCAUGUUACAGUUCGCCAUGUUCAACUUCCGAGAGAGCUUGGAGAGAUACGGGUUGUUGCGAGAACGGGAUGGGUCAUUUAGAGGCUCCGUCAAGAUGCUGGAAGACUUGAAGACAAGCAAGAAGACUAAGGAUUCCGACUGGACCUGGAAAGAACUUGCCCAACUUGUAAAAUUUUCUAAGUCGCCAAUCAAAGCAUCACUGCUGAACCUUGAGUCGCCAGAGAUGAACAAACUUGCCAUAGACAGCUUUCUGUCUGUCAUGCGGUACAUGGGUGACUAUCCCAUGUCCAAGAACCAGUCUGAAGUGGACUGUGUGUAUUCAAUCCUAGUGAGUUGCCAUAAACACCCACCCCUGAGGGAUGAAGUGUACAGCCAGAUCAUCAAGCAGACGACAAGCAACAAGAGCUCCAGACCAGACAGCUGCCAGCGAGGUUGGAGGUUGUUUUCCAUCGUGGCGGCUUACUUCGAUUGCUCCGAGAACCUUAGGCCUUACCUGUUCAAAUUCCUCGAGACGGCAGCGUAUGACAAGCGGCGAGCCUACCACGGAACGGCGAUGGUCUGCCUACAGAAUCUGAGGAAAACGUUCAAGUACGGUGGUCGGAAGAAUGUUCCGAGCAUUGAGGAGAUAGCGGCCAUUUCGGCCGGCCGCAACUCGAAGAGGCAGAUUUACCGACUGCCCGGUGGCACCGAGCGCGUCAUCAACACCAAGUCGACCACCGUCGUCGAGGACAUCAUCGACGAGAUCUGCGGCAUUCUGGGAGUGCGGGGCAGCACCGAGAUGGAAGAGUUCUCGCUCUACUGCAUCGUCGAAGGCGAUCCCCUGACGAUGCCGCUGAGUCGCGAGGAGUACAUCCUGGAUGUGACGACGGAACUGAUCAAGAACGGUCACGUGUUCUACCUGAUCUUCUGCCGUUCCGUGUGGUUCUUCCCGCUGCGGCUGGACAACCCGCUUUACGUGGAGCUCAUCUUCAACCAGGUAGCGCCGGACUACCUGGAGGGCCUGCUUCUCGUUCAACACCAAGGCAGGAGACUGCCGGACUCCAGUCUGGCGGACAUUGCACGAAUUGCAGCUCUUCUCCACCGUGCCGCCGACAUGCAGCAUGUGCCCUCCAAAGACGAAGUGAAAUAUCUACUUCCCAAGCCCGUGCUGGCGAGCAAGGAGGUGAAGCCUCCCCACUGGGUCGACCUGGUCCAGCGUAACUGGCCCGACAUGAUGGCCCUUACGAACACCGAGGCCAAGGCGCAGUGUCUGGACAUCCUCCAGAGGUGGCCCCUGUUUGGCUCCUGCUUCUUCGCUGUCAAGUGGAUUCGUAACGAGAACACGACAGCGGAGCACAUCCUGGCGCUGAACCGAGAAGGCAUUCACUUCCUCGAUGUCGUUACCCAUGAGUCCAUUUGGAUGUACCCUUUUUCGGAAGUGAUCUCGACCAGAAAAGUCCGCGCCGAAGACGGCACCCUGUUCCUCGACAUGAAGUGCGGGAACCUCAUGGUUCAGAAGAUCACUCGCAUCCAGACGGAUCAGGCGCACGAGAUAUCGCGCUUGGUGCGUCAGUACAUCAACAUCCAGCUGAGCCACCAGGGGAACCAACAUGGCGAUGCUCCCCAGGAUGUGACGCUGUCACGUAACCUUAAAUGAAGACCCGCCUCUUUCGACACACUCUUCGCGUAGAGCCAGCGUAAGACAACUGCCCUCAGAGGAAGCUACGUUCCGCUGAGCUCAUCCUAGCCAACUAAUCUACACCUCUCGCUCCUCUCCCUCCCCCCAAUGUUUUUAAAAUAGACUUGAAUGUGUAUAUGUCAAGGAUUAUGUGUAUAUGUGCUCAUGGUGGUGACCUUACGUUACGUACGCAUGCGGAGAAAUCAACAGACGCCAUCGCUAAGUGAUCUGCAUGAGAUCUGAAUGGAAUUGGUAAGAGAUCUGAAUUGAGGGUCGAGACCUGGCUUAGAUCUGGUCUAGAUCUGGCUUAGAUCUGGCCGAGAUCGGGCUUGCAUAUGGUUGAGAUCUGGCGUAGAUUUGGCCGAGUUCCCUCGUGCCUUGUAUUGCGUCUGUCCAGGCCUAUACAGGACAUGUAUGAGAUUUGUUUUGGACGAGAUUAUGACAAGGUCUGUGGCAAACCAGUUGCAUAACCGCGAUGGCAUUUAAUUUUUUUAAAGAGAUUCAUGCGAGAUUUUUUUAAUAUACCUGAGAAUAAACGUGUUUAACAAAA